CGCCGCGGCAGCCAUGUUGGACGUGGCCAGCAUAGGGGCCGGUACCAGGGGGUUGUCGAAGCAGCUGUCACGAUGCUGGGGUCCCUGGUGCUGAGGAGAACAGCGCCGGCGCCGCGACUCCUCCUCCAGCUGCUUAGGUCCCCAUCGCUCCGGAGCCACGGAGGUGCCACCGACCGGAGUGUGACCACAGGCGGCUGCGGAGAGUCUCAGUGGCUGAGGGCUGCCGUCGGGGGGCGCCCUGGGCCAUCGCCGGCCUUACUCACCAGAGGAGGGGCAGCCACCGGGGGGCGCCAGAGAGGACGCACCCCGACCCCGUGCUUCGCAGCCGCCACAUGGGGACGCCUUCCUAGCCCGGAAGACACACUCUCUGGACCGGACAGCUGGAAUGGGGUCCUCAGCAGGGCCGGAUUGGGCGUGUGGGCCCUGGCCACAGCGCUUGUGGUUCAUUGUUACAGCAAGAGUCCGUCCAACAAGGAUGCAGCCCUGAUGGAAGCCGCUCGCACCAACAAUGUCCAAGAAGUCAGCAGACUGUUGUCAGAAGGUGCAGAUGUCAACGCAAGGCACAGACUUGGCUGGACAGCACUCAUGGUGGCAGCCAUCAACCGAAACGACAGUAUAGUGCGGGUCCUGCUUGCUGCUGGUGCUGACCCAAACCUUGGGGAUGAUUUCAGCAGUGUUUACAAGACCGCCAAGGAACAGGGAAUCCAUUCUUUAGAAGAUGGGGGACAGGACGAUGCAAGCUGGUACAUCACAAACCAGUGGACAAGUGCCCUGGAGUUCAGGAGAUGGCUAGGAGUCCCCACUGGCGUCCUGGUCACCAGGGAGGAUGACUUCAACAACCGGCUGAACAACCGAGCCAGCUUCAAGGGCUGCACAGCCCUGCACUAUGCUGUCCUUGCCGACGACUACCGCACCGUCAAGGAGCUGCUUGAUGGAGGAGCCAAUCCCCUGCAGAGGAAUGAAAUGGGACACACACCUUUGGAUUAUGCUCGAGAAGGGGAGGUGAUGAAGCUUUUAAGAACUUCUGAGGCCAAGUACCAGGAGAAGCAGCGGAAGCGUGAGGCCGAGGAGCGGCGCCGCUUUCCUCUGGAGCAGCGGCUGAAGGAGCACAUCAUUGGCCAGGAGAGUGCCAUCGCCACGGUGGGUGCUGCGAUCCGGAGGAAGGAGAAUGGCUGGUACGAUGAAGAACACCCUCUGGUCUUCCUCUUCUUGGGAUCAUCUGGAAUAGGAAAAACUGAACUGGCCAAGCAGACAGCCAAAUAUAUGCACAAAGAUGCCAAAAAGGGUUUCAUCAGGCUAGACAUGUCUGAGUUCCAGGAGCGGCAUGAGGUGGCCAAGUUUAUCGGGUCCCCACCAGGCUACAUCGGCCACGAGGAGGGUGGCCAGUUGACCAAAAAGCUGAAGCAGUGCCCCAACGCCGUGGUGCUCUUCGAUGAGGUGGACAAGGCCCAUCCAGAUGUGCUCACCAUCAUGUUGCAGCUGUUUGAUGAGGGCCGGCUAACAGAUGGAAAAGGGAAGACCAUUGACUGCAAGGACGCCAUCUUCAUCAUGACCUCCAACGUGGCCAGCGAUGAGAUUGCACAGCAUGCGCUCCAGCUGAGGCAGGAGGCUUUGGAGAUGAGUCAUAACCGGAUAGCUGAGAACCUUGGGGAUGUCCAGAUUAGUGACAAGAUCACCAUCUCAAAGAACUUCAAGGAGAAUGUGAUUCGCCCCAUCCUGAAAGCUCACUUCCGAAGGGAUGAGUUUCUGGGACGGAUCAAUGAGAUCGUCUACUUCCUCCCCUUCUGCCACUCAGAGCUCAUCCAACUCGUCAACAAGGAGCUGAACUUCUGGGCCAAGAGAGCCAAGCAAAGGCACAACAUCACACUACUCUGGGACCGCGAGGUGGCGGACGUGUUGGUCGACGGCUACAACGUGCACUAUGGCGCCCGCUCCAUCAAGCAUGAGGUGGAGCGCCGUGUAGUGAACCAGCUGGCAGCUGCCUACGAGCAGGACUUGCUGCCAGGGGGCUGCACGCUGCGCAUCACUGUCGAGGACUCAGACAAGCAGCUACUCAAGAGCCCUGAACUGCCCUCACCCCAGGCCGAGAAGCGGCCACCCAAGCUGCGGCUGGAGAUCAUCGAUAAGGACAGCAAGACCCACAAACUGGACAUACAGGCACCACUACACCCUGAGAAGGUGUGCCACACCCUCUAGCAUCUACCUACCUGCCUAUAUGUGCCCUCAACACCCAAUAAAAGCCCCUCGGCUGUAGCAUGGUAACCAACCUA